GCAACGCGAUCUCAACUGUCAGUUCAGUUUUCCACCGAGUAGACAGCCCAAAGGUAUAAAGAAUUGUGCGAAAACUGUAUUUUAUAUGCUGCAAAUUGAACAAAGCUAGUGUUGUGUCGCGAUUGUCUUUGCCAUUAUGGAAGCUCUCAUUCCGGUUAUAAAUAAAUUGCAAGAUGUCUUCAACACUGUUGGCUCGGAUUCCAUACAAUUGCCACAGAUUGUAGUACUUGGGAGUCAGAGUUCCGGCAAGAGUUCGGUCAUUGAAAGUUUAGUAGGCCGCUCCUUUUUACCACGCGGUACUGGUAUUGUGACACGUCGUCCGUUAAUUUUGCAGCUUAUUCAUUGUCCAUUAGACGAUAGGGAGCACCGAUCAGCGGAAAAUGGCACAGUCAACGUUGAUGAGUGGGGCAAAUUUUUGCAUACUAAAAAGAUAUUUACGGAUUUUAAUCAGAUUCGAAAUGAAAUCGAGGAAGAGACAGAUCGUGCUGCCGGCUCCAAUAAAGGCAUUUGCCCAGAACCUAUCAACUUGAAAAUAUACUCAACACGCGUUGUAAAUCUAACGCUGGUUGAUUUGCCAGGUAUCACCAAAGUGCCCGUUGGUGAUCAACCGGAAGAUAUUGAAGCACAAAUUAAAGAAUUGGUUUUGAAAUACAUCGAUAAUCCCAAUUCCAUAAUUUUGGCCGUAACCGCAGCCAACACUGAUAUGGCAACAAGUGAAGCCUUAAAAUUGGCUAAAAAAUGUGACCCUGAUGGUCGACGCACCUUGGCUGUGGUAACAAAACUCGAUCUCAUGGAUGCGGGUACUGAUGCCAUUGAUAUAUUGUGUGGUCGUGUGAUACCGGUGAAACUGGGUAUUAUUGGUGUCGUAAAUCGCUCGCAACAAGACAUUAUUGAUAAGAAGCAAAUUGACGACCAACUCAAGGAUGAAGCUGCAUUCUUGCAAAGAAAAUAUCCUACACUAGCAACGCGCAAUGGCACUCCGUACUUGGCAAAGACGUUAAACCGCUUACUCAUGCACCACAUACGCGAUUGCUUACCAGAUUUAAAAACACGAGUCAACGUAAUGUCAUCACAAUUCCAAUCAUUACUUCACUCAUAUGGCGAAGACGUGUCGGACAAGAGCCAAACGCUGUUGCAAAUCAUAACUAAAUUUGCUAGUGCAUACUGCUCCACAAUCGAGGGUACAGCACGAAACAUCGAAACAACAGAAUUAUGUGGCGGUGCACGCAUUUGCUAUAUAUUCCAUGAGACAUUCGGUCGCACUCUCGAUUCCAUACACCCGCUGUCUGGUUUGAGUAAAAUGGAUAUAUUGACGGCUAUACGCAAUGCGACUGGACCGCGGCCUGCGCUCUUUGUGCCGGAAGUAUCGUUUGAAUUGUUGGUAAAACGUCAAAUACGGCGCUUGGAGGAACCUUCCCUGCGUUGUGUAGAGUUGAUACACGAGGAAAUGCAGCGCAUAGUGCAACAUUGUGGUAAUGAAGUGCAACAGGAAAUGUUACGCUUCCCGAAGUUACAUGAAAAAAUUGUUGACGUUGUUACCCAGCUCCUGCGUCGACGCUUACCAGCCACAAAUGUUAUGGUAGAACAUUUGGUGGCUAUUGAGUUGGCAUAUAUAAACACCAAACAUCCAGACUUUCAUAAGGAUGCCGCGCUUGUACCCAGCUUACUGAAAGCGGAUCAUAUUAUUGAACCAUUCAACAAUUUGAGUGCACAAUUGCAAAGACGCACGAAUACUCCGCGUAAUUCUAACUCAUCGCCUCAGGUGUCAGCAACACAGCAGCAACAACAACAACAGCAGCAGCAACAGCAACAACAGCAACAUCAGCAACAACAACUUCAAAAUGAUACUCAAGAACAAAACCAUAUUGGUGAGAAUGCUGUCGGCCACAGCUGGCUAGCAACUAUUUUGCCUCCAGCACCAUCGACAUCGCCAGCCACACGUGCUCUGGAAAGUCAGGAUAACUCUGCAAGCAAUACACCAUUACAUAAUAAUAUUCAAAGCCCAAUCAAACCGGUUAACUUGUUGCCCGAUAUGCCGGCCCAUCAUGGUUCAAGACGUUUAACUGAUAAGGAACAAAAUGAUUGUGAUGUUAUUGAACGCUUAAUUAAGUCAUAUUUCUACAUUGUGCGCAAAUCCAUACAGGAUUCUGUACCAAAAGCUAUAAUGCAUUUCCUAGUUAAUUACGUUAAAGAUAACUUGCAGAGUGAGCUAGUCACACAUUUGUACAAGUCGGAAAAGGCCGAAACUUUACUCGAUGAAUCGGAUCACAUUGCAGUACGACGAAAAGAGGCGGCUGAUAUGUUAAAGGCGCUCACCAGGGCAAAUCAUAUAAUAAGUGAAAUCCGCGAAACGCACAUGUGGUAAAGAUGAUAAAUGCGAAUUUUUGUGGUAUAAAACGUAUUUAAAAUACAAGUCUUCGUUGGUGCGCUUCUUCAUCUAUUAUUUGUAUUGUUCAUAAUACAUUCAUAAUACAUAUAUUCGCAUAUUCAUUGUCGAGUUUAAUGUUUAAUUUUCUUUUCCAGUUUUUACAAUGCAAAAAAAAGAGAAACACCAGUAUGAAAAAAUUUCAAUAAUAAAAUAUAUUUGAACUAUUCUUGCAACGUCUAAGUUGUUAAAUUUACGAAAUUGUACUCUUAUGUUAGAUCUGUCAAUCGAUUUUGUAACCGAAGAGACUUGAGAAAGUAAAUGGGAAUGUUUUUAAAAACUCCACUUAAUGCACAGUUGAGAGUAAUUGAAUAUUAAAUGAUAAACACAGCAUACAUUUUGCAUUUAAUGUAUUUCGGUUAUCAAAAAUAUAUUAAAUAAUUUAGCAUCAAAAUUUUCCUUUUGAUUUAAAUGAAAUGAUCUAUAAAUUAUUGCAUGUUACCAGUCGAAAGUUAUUUUUUAUGCUGUGAAUGAUUAAAUAUGUAUCAAUAUUUGUUCGUUGCGUUUCUUGUUGUAUAGGAUUAAUUGUCUGAAAAAAUAGUAUUGUUAAAAAUUUUUUCAUACAAUAUUUCAUUUGGCACUUAUAAGCAAAUGCAUCUAGCGAAUUCAGUUUUUAGAGCAAAAUAAUGCAACUACUUAUGCGCUAUUAUAUACUUGUAUAACAGUGAAUAUAAAAUAACAUGAUUUCGCGUUGAAAAAAAUAAAAAUGAAAACGGAAA